AUGUGCCAAGAAUACCACUGUGAUUGUUGCUAUGAUGAAUUCCCGGCUGACUCCUGCAAAUGCCUCGAGUGUUUCCAUGGCGACCAAGAUAAUGAAGAAGGCGACAAACUUCUUCAAACCGGUAAAUUCCCAUCAAAGUCAUGUUCAUCGGAAAGUAACCGUUCUCCAGAAGCAUGUACUUCAAAACCAAGCUGUGGUGGUGAAAACGAUUUAUGUAAUGAAGAGAAAGCCUCCCCCUGUUGUUCUUCAAGCACCAAAGAAACAUUUGAGGAGGAAAAAGCUCGACAGUCGGUUUGUAAGAGUGAAUGCUGUUCUACAAAUGAGGAGGACAAACCCAAGCCAGUUUUGUUAAGUGAAAACACCUCUCAACAGCAAGAAUCACAGCCGCUACAGCCUGAGUGCUGCAAUUCUUGUCAACCCACUGAAAGAUCUGUAGAUGAUAACAUGGCAGGGCGUCCUAAUUCAAAAGAUUCAACAUGCUCUAAAUCUAGUAGUCCUUGCCAAAGUUCACGUAGUCCGAAGAGGUCCCAGGGAGACACGAGUGCAAAAUCAAGCAAUCCUGGUGACGCAGUCAGGCGUUUUUCAGCGGUAGACACACUUUGCACCACCCCCUCAUCUCCACUGCUACCAAAGGAGAGCGGAAGCAGUGAAAAGAAGCUGAUUCCGCAACAGCGUACAACGAAACUGCGAGUUCAAAACAUCUGCUGUUUAUUGGAAAGUGGUUUGAUUCAAGAUACUUUAAAGCCGUUGGAAGGCGUGACAUCCGUCGCCGUGAAUGUAAUCGGCCGAGUAGUGUAUGUUCGUCAUGAGCCGGAGGUGACGUCAGCUACAGAUCUGGUUACCACACUUAAUCGAAAGCACCUGGGAGCGAGCAUCAUGGAGACUGGAUCCCAUCAUUCCGCUAACAAGGGUGAAGGCCUGCCGCGUUCGUUAUUGGCGUUUUUAAUUUAUCUUUUGCUGCAGAGUAUUCUGUUAAUAGUAAUCGUGGUAGCGUUUCUAACAAAGGCAAAGUGGUUCCAGUGGGUGGCCAUCGCUGAAAUCGUCCUUGGUAUCCCUCCAGUCUUGAAGAAAGCCUUUUUGUCCAUUAUAAACCGCACCGUUGACAUCAACAUCAUGAUGCUUAUUGCCAUAGCAGGAACGCUGGCCAUUCAAGAGUGGCUGCAAGGUGCAGCUGUGGUGUACGUGUUCUCGUUCGCUGAGGCCAUGCAGGGGUUGUGCAUGUUUAAGGUUCAGCGGACUAUCUCUGGACUCAUGCUCGAAGCACCUCAAGUCGCCACAUUAGCGAAAACCGGUGAAUGUGUCUCAGUAGAGUCGGUUAUCACAGGAACUGCCAUUGCCAUUAGACCUGGUGAACUGAUUCCAUUGGAUGGUGUGGUAGUAAAGGGUCAAGCAGCUGUGGAUGAGAGUUCAGUUUCCGGGGAAUCUGUCCCUGUGGGGAAAACAGUUGGCGCAAAGGUCUAUAGCGGAACUGUCAAUCAAAAUGGAUACCUGGAAAUUGAGACUACAUCCGACGCAACUUCCUCUACAGUCUCCAAAGUGGCACAACUUGUUCAAGAAGCUCAAACUAGUUCAACGAGAACCGAAGUUGCUAUAAACCGGUUUGCCAAGUACUAUACACCAACUGUGGUUAUUGUGGCAGCACUUGUUGUGAUUGUUCCUGCCAUACUUGGUGCCGCUGGGGUGGGGAACUAUUCACAUCACAUUAAAGAAUGGGGCCUACGAGCACUUGUUCUUCUGGUCAUAGCUUGCCCCUGCGCCCUUGUCAUGUCCACCCCGAUCGCCGUGGUAUGUGGCAUCACUGCGGCUGCGCGAAGGGGAGCCUUGAUUAAAGGUGGAGCUCAUCUUGAGACGCUGGCUCAGUUGGAAGUUCUUGCGUUCGAUAAGACUGGAACACUAACGGAAGGAAAGUUUCAAGUUGUUGACAUAGAAUGUUCUUUUGGUGUCAACGAAAGAGCUACAUUACGCUUAGCCGCUGCUCUAGAGAGCAAGUCAAGCCAUCCUCUCGCCGCAGCCAUAGUAAAUGAAUUUUCUGGUUGCGUUACUGAUAUGGUAACGUCACAGAGCGUUGUUUUGCCGGAAGUAUCACGGUUUGAGCUUCACGGAGGACAAGGCAUUUCCGGUAUUGUCGAGGGCCAUCUGGUUCAGAUUGGGAACUAUGAAUUUCUUAAUGAUAUUGCCGGAAUAAAGCCCCGUAAAUACAUGAAAGACAAGUACAAUACCUGGUGUGAUGAAAGUAAGACGGUGAUAUUUGUCUGUUUAGAUGGUAACCUUGCGAUGAUGCUAGCGCUCGCGGACACGAUCAGACAACACAGCCUGGAAACGAUUGAGUGGCUGCGAAAGCUUCGAGUCCAGUCGGCAAUGAUUACCGGUGAUAACUCGCAAACAGCCAUGGCCGUGAAGAAUAAGCUGGGACUGGACGAAUGCAUCGCUAAAAUGAAACCGCAAAAUAAACUGUCAUGGGUGAAAGACAGACAAGCUGCCAUAGAUGUCGGUGAUGGAGAAAUGUUAUAUAGUGAUCGGUGUUUUGCGUGUUGUUGCUGUUCCUGCGACAACACCAAGAAUUGUAUUGUCGGCAUGGUUGGCGAUGGAAUCAAUGAUGGUCCAGCACUGGCUGCAGCGAAUGUUGGGAUUGCAAUGGGUGCCGGAGGUACCGCCUUAGCAGUGGAAGCGGCCGAUGUAGCACUGAUGACCAAUAACUUGGCCAAAAUACCUGAGCUUAUCGAACUUGGCCGUUUCUGUCGCCUUGUGGUUGCGGAAAAUAUUGCUUUAUCCGUUGUUUUAAAGCUCGCUAUGGUGAUCGCAGCGCUUGCUGGGAAGGUUUCACUGUGGAUGGCUGUUCUAGCUGACGUGCUUGGUUUACUGUUCGUGAUACUAAAUGGACUGAGACCACUUUGGAGCAUAAAGGAACAUGAAGACAAACACACUGAUGUUGAACUUGCACUUGUAAAGAACGCUGGAAACAGUUACUCAUAUGGGGCUGUAGCUUCAAAUUGA